GUUAUCAUAACACAUCAGAUUAUAACAUUGAUGAAUAAAAAAUAAAACUGCCAUUUCGAGUGAACAGAAGCUCUUAUACUAAAUUCAUCGUCAGAGUUCCCUAUCAUAUAAAGAGUACAUUAUGGCAAAACCUCCUGCUUUUUACACUGUGAAGAUUGGACUAGCUGCAAUUGCACUUGGGACGGCAUUUGCAAUUGUAUCAUUAGCAACGCCAAGAUGGGUUACCAUAAGCGUCCAGAAUCAAACUGAUGAUUAUUUAUCUCAUAGAGGACUAUGGCAGGAAUGUGGACGGACUAAUGGUACUUCAUAUACAUGCCAGGCGACAACAUCUAUGUCAACAUCUCAUGCAUUCAAAGCAGCACAAGCCAUGAGCGUGUUGGGCGUGGUCGGGUUCUGCGUUGCUUCUGCACUCUUCAUCGUUGUCAAUUGUAGAAACAGCAAGCUAGAAACCUCUGAGAAUCUGUUCUUUUUCCUGGCUGUGGAAUGUGUAGGAUCAGCUAUAUUCACUUUGAUUGGACUUUGUAUAUACGGGUCAUUAUUUGGACAGUCGUUUCAAGGAGGCCGUCUUGACCAUGCUCGAUUGGACUUUGCAUUUUACUUUGGAAUGGUAUCAGUUUUAUUGGGAAUAUUAUCUGGUGCACUUGCAAGAUGGUCCGUACCUGAUCCAGAACCUGAUGAUUUUGACAGUAUACUUGCAGAAGAGGACAGGAAGCGACCAGAAGGGACAGGGAAUCAAUAUGAAUUGCCUAACUGAAUAUGAAUUGCCUAACUGAAACAUUAACAGUGAUUUCAUCAAGCACUGACUUAUAAUUUAUUAUUUGUAAUUUAACUAUUAAAACAGCCCAUCUGAACAUGGAGGAAUUAUCAAUGACUUGUUUUAUAAUACAAUAGGCCUAUAUAAGUAUGAUUGUCAGUUAGUUGAAUGUUCAAAAGCAUUUGGAUUUCUAAGCUAAUUGAGGUCUGUGCACAGAGGUACACUGUAUACAAACCCACAAAUUACUUAUAAUUUUGUUGCUCUAUCAUCAGUUUGUCAGUUUAUCAUGAAGCAUAAUAUUUGACAACUGGCAUAGAUGGACCUUGUAAGAGCACUGAUAAUAUUAUUUAUUUUUACUGGAACUCGAAUCGAAAGAGGGGAAUGUGUUCAAAUGCAAUAAAGAUGAAAACAACAUACGUAGUGUAAUGUUUACAUAGGAAAAACUCAUGCUAUCCAUUGUUUUCAGCCUAACUUUGGUCAACUUUGAUAUCUUCCAAAUUAAACUUAAGAUGUCAUUCUUCAUUUGAGGAUGUUUCCCAUAAGAAUAACUCAAGUUAUCCAUUGUUGACAAAUUCAAGCCUUUAGAUGGCCUUUUUGGAUUUUCCGAGACACAGAUCAGACACCAAAUACAAUAUUUGAUAUCUACCAUAGGAUACCUUGAUUUGAGUACACCAAAGCCAUAUUUUGAAAGAAUUUUAUAUGUUUUACCUUUAUGUUACCAAAGCUUUAUACAGUUAUAUUUUUCCAUUUUGAAAAAAAUUACCAUUAUACAACGUAUUAUAUAUAUAAAGAAAAUUGGACUACUAGCGUUUGAGUUAUAAAACUAUUUGAGCUUCAAUUUAUCCAUACUAAAAUUCAUUUAUUGGGAUAACUUAAAUCUUAUAAUGCAAGUUCCUGUCAGUUGUAACU